CUGCGCGGGGGCAGGGCUUUGCGGACGCACGCACGUCGAGCGCUGAUGUCCCAACCCGCUGAGGCUGCGGGCUCGGUCUGGGGCGGCUGCCUUGGCUGCGGCCCGGCCCGGGGCUGAAGGUUGGAGAGAAAUUCAGGUACUCCCGUUGACUGGUGCUUUCUUCCGACACCAUGGGGGAGCUCUUCCGGAGCGAGGAGAUGACGCUGGCCCAGCUUUUUCUACAGUCAGAAGCUGCUUAUUGUUGCGUCAGUGAAUUAGGAGAACUGGGAAAGGUUCAGUUUCGUGAUUUAAAUCCAGAUGUGAAUGUUUUCCAGCGGAAAUUUGUGAAUGAAGUUAGAAGAUGCGAAGAAAUGGAUCGAAAGCUUCGAUUUGUUGAGAAAGAGAUAAGAAAAGCUAAUAUCCCAAUUAUGGACACUGGUGAAAACCCAGAGGUGCCCUUCCCCCGGGACAUGAUUGACUUAGAGGCCAAUUUUGAGAAGAUUGAAAAUGAACUGAAGGAAAUCAACACAAACCAGGAAGCUCUGAAGAGAAAUUUCCUGGAACUGACUGAAUUAAAAUUUAUACUUCGCAAAACUCAGCAGUUUUUUGAUGAGGCUGAAUUGCAUCAUCAGCAGAUGGCGGAUCCAGACUUGCUGGAAGAGUCCUCGUCCCUCCUGGAGCCAAGUGAGAUGGGAAGAGGCACACCUUUAAGACUUGGCUUCGUGGCUGGUGUGAUUAACCGGGAGCGCAUCCCUACUUUUGAGCGCAUGCUUUGGCGGGUGUGCCGGGGGAAUGUGUUCCUGCGACAGGCUGAAAUCGAGAACCCCCUGGAGGAUCCUGUGACUGGUGACCACGUGCACAAGUCCGUAUUCAUCAUCUUCUUCCAAGGCGAUCAGCUGAAAAACAGAGUCAAGAAAAUCUGCGAAGGGUUCCGGGCCUCACUCUAUCCCUGUCCUGAGACACCACAGGAGCGGAAGGAAAUGGCUUCUGGAGUUAAUACCAGGAUUGACGAUCUCCAAAUGGUUCUCAAUCAAACAGAGGAUCACCGCCAGCGGGUCCUGCAGGCGGCUGCCAAGAACAUCCGAGUCUGGUUCAUCAAAGUGCGGAAGAUGAAGGCCAUUUACCACACCCUGAACCUGUGCAACAUCGACGUGACCCAGAAGUGCCUGAUCGCAGAGGUCUGGUGCCCCGUUACCGACCUCGACUCCAUCCAGUUUGCGCUCAGAAGGGGCACGGAACACAGUGGUUCCACUGUGCCCUCUAUUCUGAACAGGAUGCAAACAAAUCAGACGCCCCCAACCUAUAACAAAACAAACAAGUUCACAUAUGGCUUUCAGAACAUAGUAGAUGCUUACGGAAUUGGAACUUACCGAGAGAUAAAUCCAGCUCCAUAUACCAUCAUCACUUUCCCUUUCCUGUUUGCUGUGAUGUUUGGGGACUUUGGCCAUGGUAUUUUGAUGACCCUUUUUGCUGUAUGGAUGGUAUUGAGGGAGAGCCGGAUCCUCUCUCAGAAGAAUGAGAAUGAGAUGUUUAGCACCGUGUUCAGUGGCCGGUACAUUAUCCUGUUGAUGGGCGUGUUUUCCAUCUACACUGGCCUCAUCUACAAUGAUUGCUUUUCCAAGUCUCUUAAUAUCUUCGGGUCAUCCUGGAGCGUACGGCCAAUGUUCACUUUAUAUAAUUGGACGGAGGAGACACUUCGGGGGAACCCUGUUCUGCAGUUGAACCCAUCCGUCCCUGGAGUUUUUGGUGGACCAUACCCUUUUGGCAUCGAUCCAAUCUGGAACAUUGCUACCAAUAAACUGACCUUUCUCAACUCCUUUAAAAUGAAGACGUCUGUUAUCCUAGGCAUCACCCACAUGAUGUUCGGAGUCACCUUGAGCCUCUUCAACCAUACCUAUUUCAAGAAGCCGCUGAAUAUCUACUUUGGAUUUAUUCCUGAAAUCAUCUUCAUGACUUCUUUGUUCGGCUACUUGGUUAUCCUCAUAUUUUACAAGUGGACAGCCUAUAAUGCUAAUACAUCUGAGAAAGCACCGAGCCUUCUGAUCCAUUUCAUAAACAUGUUUCUCUUCUCCUACGGGGACUCUAGUAAUUCGAUGCUGUAUUCCGGACAGAAAGGAAUUCAGUGUUUCCUGGUAGUGGUUGCACUACUGUGUGUGCCUUGGAUGCUACUAUUUAAACCACUGGUCCUUCGCCAUCAAUAUUUGAGGAAGAAGCAUUUGGGAACUCUCAACUUUGGUGGGAUCAGGGUGGGCAACGGACCGACAGAGGAGGAUGCUGAGAUUAUUCAGCAUGACCAGCUCUCCACCCAUUCAGAGGACGCAGAAGAGCCUACCGAGGAUGAAGUGUUUGACUUUGGGGACACCAUGGUCCACCAGGCCAUCCACACCAUCGAGUACUGCCUGGGCUGCAUCUCAAACACGGCCUCCUACCUGCGGCUCUGGGCCCUCAGCCUGGCACAUGCACAGCUGUCUGAGGUGCUUUGGACCAUGGUGAUCCACAUCGGCCUCAGCGUGAAGAGCUUGGCGGGAGGUCUGGCGCUGUUCUUCAUUUUCGCUGCCUUUGCCACCCUGACCGUGGCCAUCCUCCUGAUCAUGGAGGGCCUCUCGGCCUUCCUCCAUGCACUGCGAUUACACUGGGUCGAGUUCCAGAAUAAAUUCUACAGCGGAACCGGUUUCAAGUUCCUACCCUUCUCCUUCGAGCACAUUCGGGAAGGGAAGUUUGACGAGUGAGCCUGUCGUGGGGCUGUGUGCCGGCAGGCUGCCCACCCCACUCCCUCCGCAGUGGUUAGCUGCGUUCCUC